UCCCAUUUGAAGGACGACACAGUAGAAGGCAAAAGAUGUGUGGCGUAGAUGAAAAUGCAACUUCCUGUUAAGAAAGGGCCUUAACGCAAAGCUGAAGAGGAGAGUGUCUCUGACACUGCUCUGCUGUCUCUAGACCCCUAAAAACAGCUUAAGGAUUUUUUUUGAAGGUGAAAACUCUCCGGCAACUGAACCGACCGAUUAGACGCACGAGAACACGACAUAUGGUGUCUUAGAAACGGCUUUUGAACUCUUGGAUAUGGCGAGAUUUUUUACGCUAGGACCCUUGGUUUUGGUCCUAUGCUUGGUCUUAUACCCCCCAAACUCACAGACUGAAGGAGACAACAAACCAAAGACAGAUGUCAGUGCUGACCAAUCAAAGAACGCCACACCUCCCACUGCUCACAUCCCUACAUUACCUACCACUAAAGACCCCUCAAACUCACAGACUGAAGGAGACAACAAACCAAAGACAGGUGUCAGUGCUGACCAAUCAAAGAACACCACACCACCCACUGCUCACACCCCUACAUUACCUACCACUAAAGACCCCUCAAACUCACAGACUGAAGGAGACAACAAACCAAAGACAGGUGUCAGUGCUGACCAAUCAAAGAACGCCACACCUCCCACUGCUCACAUCCCUACAUUACCUACCACUAAAGACCCCUCAAACUCACAGACUGAAGGAGACAACAAACCAAAGACAGGUGUCAGUGCUGACCAAUCAAAGAACACCACACCACCCACUGCUCACAUCCCUACAUUACCUACCACUAAAGUCCCUCAGUCAGACUCCACCACUUCAUCAAACACAUCUGCAGACAUCAUCAAAGAAUCAGGCCCCUCACCCUCACGGACUCCUACACAAACCUCACAAUCAACAGAUAACGACACUCAACCAGGUUCAAGUAAAGACUCCAUCACCUCACCUCCAAACACGACCACCACAUCUCUCACCUCCACACAACCCUCCUCAACCUUACACACAUCCACCAGCAUCACGGAAUCAGGCCCCUCACCCUCACACACUCCUACACAAACCUCACAAUCAACAGAUGAAGACACCCAACCAAGCUCAAGUAAUGGCUCCAUCACCUCACCUCCAAACACGACCACCACAUCUCUCACAUCCACACAAACCACCUCAACCUUACACACAUCCACCAGCAUCACGGAUACAACAGAAGGACCAUGUCAGUACAGCGUUUUGAAGAGUGUGAACAAAACCGAAGCUCAUGUCGUGAAUAUCACCGGCUCUAAGGACCAAAAUUACACAAUCAGGAUAAAGGAUAAGCACAAUGAGACCCGUGCUGCGGAAAUAUCUAACCAAACUGUCUUUAAAAUUCCUUUUGAAUGGUUAAAACCAUGCACUGUGUACACCGUCAGUGUGGAUGACUGUGAACUCAGUGGAAACAACAUCUUUACUUCCAGUAAAAAAGUAGAAGCUCUUAAAAAAACUGUUGUAACAAGCGUGACAGAUAAUGAAGUGUGUUUGAAAGGAGAAUUGACUGGUAUUCAAUGGAAUCUGACUGAAUGUGUUAAAAUAACGGAGCAAAACUCUUGUGCACACACACACACCGUUGUACUGGACACAUGUAACUACACAAUGAAUGUUACUCUGCCCCCAGUAAAGCCUAAAAUAAACUUCAAGGAAACUAUUCCCUCUCAGUUUGAAUGGAUGAAUAAACCAGAACGAUGUAAUGCUGCACUGCUUAACAUCAGUUGCAUCAAUGAUGAGAACAAAAAGGGCACAGUUUAUGGGUUAAAUACCUCAGUGUUAUUAUUACUAAACACACACUACAGCUGCACUGGAGAAUAUCCUCGUGAGAAACAACCCAUCAAGAGUAAUGAGCUCGACAUUCAGAUCAAAUGUGAUUGGCAAAAGAAAGGGCAAUUUCAGCCCCUAUCCAGCAGCUCAUUGGAAAUCUCCUGGACUUCACUCGAGGGAGAUCGAUGCUCAGGGAUUGAAUGGGACAGUUAUUCAGUCAGCUGCAAAACACCUGACAGACAUGGAAACAAUCAUCCUGGGAGCUGUACACAAGACAGUGUCACUAGUACAGUCUGUAGAAUUACUGGAUUAUUGCCAUAUACAGACUAUGAAUGCAGUAUUACUGGAACAGUCAACCAAAAACCUUAUGUCAUUUACACUGGUAACAGUACAACGCUUUCUGACAAGCCCAUUUUCCAGUCAGAAAUUGAAGUAAUUCACCCUUCUCACAAUUCUCUUGAAAUAAAAUGUGAAAACAAGAGACCAAAAAUAAACUGGAACGGAGGAGAGGGAACAUUUCAAGCUGAAAUCACAUACAAUGGAGAACCUCCAAUCACCAAAAAACCCAAAACUAAAUGUUCAUUUCAUUUUCAAGAUCUUUACUACCUUACAACAUAUAAAAUUCAGAUAACAGCCAAGAAUAAAGAAGGACAUUCAGCUUUCGUUACUUCUGAAGCCACUACUCAGUACAAUGACAAGGCUGUUGUUGGAUUCUUGGUGUUUCUGAUCAUUGUGACGUCAGUGGCGCUCCUCUUCGUGCUCUUCAAAAUUUACCUUCUCAAAAGAAAGCGGGCUACUGAGGAUGAAGAGAUUCCUCUCACACCAGAACCGCUGCGCAGAGUUGAGCCCAUCUAUGCUGACGGUUUGGUGGAGGCUUACAAGACCAAGAUCGCUGAUGAGAGCCGCCUGUUUAUGGAUGAGUUUCAGAGCAUUCCCCGCAUUUUCUCCAAUUACACCGUCAAAGAAGCGAAGAAACAGGAAAACCAGUCCAAGAACCGCUACGUUGACAUUCUGCCUUAUGACUAUAAUCGGGUUACUCUCUCAGCUGGAGGUGAAGAUGACUACAUCAAUGCCAGCUUUAUCGAGGGAUAUCAAGAGCCAAAGAAAUACAUUGCAGCCCAAGGACCCAAGGAUGAGACUGUUUGUGACUUUUGGCAAAUGGUUUGGGAGCAAAAGUCAUCCAUUAUUGUCAUGGUCACCCGUUGUGAGGAAGGAAAUAAGGUCAAAUGCGCUCAGUACUGGCCAUCUCUGGACAGAGAGACUGAGAUUUUUGAUGAUUUUGUGGUGAAAAUCCGAUCUGAGCAACAUUGUCCUGAUUAUAUCGUACGCCAUCUGAUCCUGGCCAAUAAGCGAGAGAAGGCCUCAGAAAGAGAAGUCACACAUAUCCAGUUCAUCAGCUGGCCUGACCAUGGUGUGCCCGGAGACCCCUGCCUGCUUCUGAAGCUCAGGAGAAGAGUCAACUCCUUCAAGAACUUCUUCAGUGGCCCGAUUGUGAUCCACUGCAGUGCAGGGGUCGGCCGCACAGGAACAUAUAUUGGCAUUGAUGCAAUGAUUGAAUCUCUCGAGGCAGAGGGCAGAGUGGAUAUCUAUGGAUAUGUAGCAAAACUACGUCGCCAGCGAUGCCUCAUGGUUCAAGUGGAGGCCCAGUACGUACUGAUCCACACUGCUCUGAUUGAGCACCACAUGUUCGGAGAGACAGAGGUCUCACUGUCUGAAUUCCACUCAGCGCUCAACACCCUCAGGCAGAAAGAUGGCAAUGACCCCAGUUUGCUUGAAAUGGAGUUCCAGAAACUGCCCAAAUUUAAAAAAUGGAGAACAUGUAACACGGCAAGCAGCGAGGAGAACAAGAAGAAAAACCGCAACUCCGAUGUUAUCCCAUAUGACUUUAACAGAGUCCUGUUUAGACUGGACAUUGAGGGCAACCAGACGAGUGACCCAGAAGAUGAGGAGGAUUAUUCAUCAGAUGAGGAAGAAGAAUCUAAUGAAUACAUCAACGCCUCGUUCAUUUCUGGCUACUGGUGUCAGAAGAGUUUGAUCGCAACACAGGGACCUUUACCAAACACGACGGGAGAGUUCCUGCUCAUGCUGUACCAGCAACAAACUAAAACACUGGUCAUGCUCACUGACUGCCAAGAAGACAGCAAUGAAUAUUGCUCUCAGUACUGGGGAGAUGAAAAGAAAACAUUCGGGGAGAUGGAAAUUGAGGUAAAAAAGACAGAAAGCUUCCCAACGUAUGUGAGGCGGCGACUGGAAAUAAAGUCCACAAAGAAGACAGACGUCUUGGAGGUGGAUCAGUACCAGUUCCUGAAAUGGAAAGGCCGUGAGCUUCCGGAGAACCCUCAGGAGUUGAUAGAGAUGAUAAGGGUCAUCAGAGAGAACAGCAAUUAUGAUAACAGCAAAAUGAACCGUAACAUCCCCAUGGUGGUGCACUGCAACAAUGGAUCAUCACGUACCGGUGUCUUUUGUGCCCUAUGGAACCUCUUGGACAGCGCAUACACUGAGAAGCUGGUGGACGUCUUCCAUGUAGUCAAAAACUUGCGCAAGGAGAGACAGGGGAUUAUAGAAACAAUCGAGCAGUACAAGUUCCUCUACGAGGCUCUAGAGGGUGCUUUCCCGGUGCAAAACGGUGCUGUAAAGACGCCACCUGCAAACGACACCGCGCAGGUCAUCAACGAAACCACGGCGCUUCUCGGCGAGCCCAAUGACACUUCUGGUGCUGACCAGAAGGAGUCUGAAGAGAGCAAAGCCAAGGAGAGCAGCGAGCAGAAAGCCAAGGAGAGCGGCGAGCAGAAAGCAGAAGAAAGCAGCGAGCAGAAACCCAAAGAGAGCAGUGAGCAGAAAACCAAAGAAAGUAGCGAGCAGAAAGCCGAAGAAAGCAGCGAGCAGAAACCCAAAGAGAGCAGUGAGCAGAAAACCAAAGAAAGCAGCGAGCAGAAACCCAAAGAGAGCAGCGAGCAGAAACCCGAAGAAAGCAGCGAGCAGAAACCCAAAGAGAGCAGCGAGCAGAAACCCGAAGAGAGCAGUGAACAGAAACCCAAAGAGAGCAGUGAGCAGGAAGUCAAGGAGAGCAGCACUGCUGAGGCUCCACCAGCAGAGGGAGAGAAACCCAGCACCGAGGGCACCACCAAUGGCCCCACCACCACCGUAGAGCUUUAAGCAUUUUGGGAGCUAAAAUAUUUUUGCUAAUUUGACACCAAGUGUCAAGGAGUGAUUUUUUAAAUAAUUUUGAGUUCUUGUUUUACAUUGGGUUUCAUUGUACAUUAAAUGUUAGGUUAGAGUUUGUGUGUGUGUGUGUGUGUGUGUGUGUAUGUGUGGAGAAUUCAGGUUAGGAUCUCACUGAUCCAAUAAAACGUACAUUUCUCAGGUUUCGGUUUGGAUUUUCUGUAAAGGCUAAUGAUGCUGUUUGUGUGAAAGCUUUGCAUAUAUAUAUAUAUAUAUAUAUUGUUUAUUAACAUUUGUAAAGGAUUUGCUUCAUGAUUUGAUUUUUAGGCUAUCAAAUUGAGUUUUGAAUGUAUUGUAAAAUAAGACCUUACAGACGAUAUUUUCUGUAGUUUUUAUGGAAACUGUAUUAAAGCAUAGCCUUAUUGCAUCUAAAUUAUAGUGUCUGAAAUGGAAGGGAGUGCUUUUAUGUUCGAGAACAAACCAAAAUAAGAGCAAAGAUGACUUUGCACUACAGAGCUGUCAUCAAACUAUCUUUCACUUCACUGUUGUUUUCCUGAUUCGCUUAAUACAUAUUUCAUUUUAAGCAGAUGUACCUUUUUAAAAAAAGAAAAAAAAAAGAAUAAAGGAUUGCUUGAACAACA